CCGCAGACACUUCAGCCGCGUCUAGAACCUUGCAAUAGAAGACAGCUUGACCGUCGCCGCUCACAACAGUCACGGCUGAGCUCGAGCCCAACAUCACCUUCAUAACUAAGGCAAUACGCUGUACCAGGCAGAGAAGCAAGUGUCAGUCGCGUUCGAUCUCUUCAGCGGAAUAGCACCCUGGUCUCAGGUCCGGAGCCGAAACUGCGGCUAACAUGGACUGGAACCAAGUUACAUUGGAGGAGCUCGCUUCUGCGUUAAAGGAGGUCACAUGGAGCGCUCCCCGGCCAGUUGAAGAAUUCUUCAGGAGCUUCUCGCCGCCCUCACAGCGAGCGCUGAUGGGGCGGCUCAAGAACAACCUAUACUACUAUCGCACCAACUACCUGGUGAUCCUUGUCCUGGCCUUCCUGGUAUGCUUCAUCCGCAACCCAGUGGCGCUCGGGUCGCUCGUGCUCGUGGGGCUGGGGACAGCGCUCUGCAACGACCCGUUCGCCACCUCGCUCAAUGACAACCUGCUGCACGCGCUGCGCAAGUACGCGCCGCGGCUAGUGGCCAAGUCGCGCGCAAAGGCGGGCUCGGACGGUGUUGUCGGGCUGCACAAGCGCAAGCGGCUGUACGUCCUGGUGCUGCCUCGUGGCCUGGUGGUGGCGGCGCUGCUGCUGGUGGGCGGGCUUCUAGUGUACUGGAGCCAUGCCGUGCUCACGCUGUGCUGGGCCAUACUGCUAGGCGUUGGGCUACCGCUGAUGCACGCGACCUUCCGGUUGCCCAACCUCAAGGCCAAGAUUGCCAGCGCAAGAGAGGAGUUCCGGGCUGUGUGGCGCGGCUACCAGGCCGAGCUGUACAACGAUCACACACACAGCAUGUGAUGCAUCCCUUAGCAUACGCAUGUGUAAGUGUGUGCGUGCGUGUAGCCGUCUUCAUAAGCAUCGCAUUCGGGGGCGGCCGCAAUUAACACGCUGGUGGACGAAGAAGUGGUCCCAGGACGGCAGCGCCCGGCGAGACUAGGGCAGCGGGCGUGCGCUGGUUGCAUUUGCAUAUAUCGUAGAGCUGCUGCGGCAGGAGUGGUAGGCGUUGAUGGCCGUUGAGUGGCUGUACAACAAGCUGGAGCGGGAUUGAAGGCAUGCAUUCUGCGUUGCCCCGUCGCCUGGCUGCGACGGGUGGGUGACAACGCGUGGGGCGGCGUGGCUGGCUUACUGUGAGGUGGGCGGCGGCGGCGUGCCGCUGCUGCUGCUGCCCGGAGCCUUGCGAGCGAAUUUUGAUGUGGGCUGUCCCAGCGGCUGCUGAGGCACCUUGAGGAGGGGUGCGCGGGCCGGCCGCUUCAGCGCGGGUUUGGGUGGCCCUUGGGCUGCUGACGGCGCCGCUGGCGCAGCGGGGGUGGAAGACGAUGCAGCGGCGCUGCCUGCUGCUGCGGAUGAUGCGGAAGCGCUCGUCGCUGGUGUAACGGGCUUGCUGCUGCUCGUGCUCUCCACGUUCUCCGCGCGCCACCACACCCAGUCCUCGCCCUCCACGCCCUCGAUUUCCUCCUCGUCCUCGUCCACUUCGUCCAGCUUGCCUGUUGCCUUUGCGACAGCGAAGUCUCCAAGCACACGCGACAGAGCGUCUUCAUUGCGCUUGCGGACCUCCGUCGCGCUCAGCUUUUCGGCUGCGGGUUGCGGUGUGGAAUCGGCGUCGGGCGCCGACACGCGAGCGACCACUCGUCGCGCUUGUAUGUGACCAAACAAGCCCAUCCGAGUUUGAUGUAAUGCAUGUGGUUG